AUGGUUACUCUUCUGUUGCAGGAGCUGGAGACUGCGGUGGCGGUGGAAAACCUGGAGCUGAAGGAGCAGCAAUCGGACCGACAGGAGCUGGAGGAGACGUUGGAGAAGUUGGAGAAACACAAGGAGAAACUGGUCCAGCAGAUCAAAGCCACCAGACAGCUUUGCUACGAGGAGAGCCAGCAGAUCCUGUCACUGCAGGCAGAGGAGGCUGUGAAGGAGAACCAGGUAGAGGAGUAUGAGAAGGAGCUGGCCAGGGCUCGGUGGAGGCUCCGGAGGCUGAAGGAGGAGGUGAAACAGGCCAAGAGGAAGGUCCAGGUGGCGGGGGAGAGAGACACUCCUCUACAGGACUCUAUCCGCCAGUCCUACGAGGAGAUCCUGCAGGAGGAGCACGCCCUCUGCUCCCUCUCUGGAUCAGCGGUGACCCCUCAGUCACAAAUGGAGGGCUCCUCUUCUCCAGGCGACACAACUGAGGAUGAGCCAAUCCCAGUCAGACCCUGGGGGCGGAGCCAGAGUCUACCCGCCUACGCUGACCUCAUCAUGGGGGCAAACGACCCAGCCUUCUGCCACAACCUGGCCGACACCCGAGAGGAGGUGGACGACAGCGGCUCCAGCUCCCCAAAGAUGGAGCCUUCAGACAUGGACGACUCUUUGGAGGAGCCUGAGGUGGACUUACCCGUGCCCCGGUCCAAGGUGGACCCACUAGUGCCCCAGCCCGAGACUCCUGAGACUGGGCUGGACUUUUACCAGGCCAACCCCUUCGCCCACUCUCCAGGAGGACAUGACCUCUUCAAUGAAGACCUGUUCCCAAAAACAGACUCCUCUGACGGCUUCACCUCUGACCCCUUCAAAGGCAGUGACCCUUUCGGAGCAGAGUUGUUUCCUGAUGGUUCUCACCAGGACCCUGGGGGGGAGGAGGGGGAGCGCAGUCUAUCCUGUGCCGAGAACAAGGCCUCCACCGCAACCCAGUGUUUUGAGUCAGAGUUCCCUGAGGAGGACAGCGACAUCGAGAUCAGCUACAGCAGGGAGGACCUAGACAUGGCCGGUCAGUUAGAGGAGGAGCAGCCUGGCUUCAGACCUAUCCAAAGCUCCUCUGAAGAGCUGGGUCCAGUCCCCAUUCGAGGCUGGAGGUGUCAGUACUCGGGGGAGUCCGACCCAAAUGGGUACGAGCUGGACCUGGGGAACAUCUCUCCUCCGUCUGACAUUGAGGAGCUGAGUCUGGGAUCUGUGGGAGCAGUGGGGCUGGAGGCUAACGAAAGCCUCACCUCUGCCUCUCCAAUCACAGCGCAGCCCCAGCAGUGGAUCUCAGAACAAGCUCUGGACCCCCACAGUCCAGUGACCCCGGCCAAAGACUCCCAGGACUUCUUCCAGCAGUCGGAGCUGAAAGAGCUGAGCUUGGACGUGACCUGUGAGCCGUCCAGCCUCCAGUCCUCCUCCUACGACCCUUACGGUUUCAAGCUCUCCCCGGAACACUCCAGCCACACCCUCCUGGAUCCCAGCAGCCCCAGCACCUCGGAACCAGACCUGGUCUAUGACCCGGAGCCGGUGAGCCCGCCCUCGUCCAGCUUUGACGCCUUCGCUUCCCAUGCCUGCGACCCCUACGGGUUCAAACUCAGCCCAGAGGAGGUCAAUCAGGAAGUGCUGGACUUCAGCCCGGCACACAAGCUGCACUUCGAGGACAAGCUGUUGGUGGAAGGCGAGUUGGAAGAAACUAAUGGUGGGAAUAACUUUGGGAAGGUGAUCGAUUUUACAAUUAACGAGGAUAGCUAUGGAAACAACCUUGAGCUGAAGAACGAGGAAGGCGAGCUUCAUCCCGCAAACACUGACAACACUUUCCACUUCCACGAUGACUUAGAGUCUCAUUUCAGAAAUCGACAAGUGGAAGAUCUGUCAGAGUUCGGAGACGAGGUGUUGGACUACGAAAAUCAGGAGGUUCUUGAGCCGAUGAAAUUGAACAAAGUUGUAACGUUAGAGGAAGCCAACCAGGAGCUGUUGGACUUCACACCUGAAAACCGCGAAGUCUUAGACAUUUUGGACAGCAGCAAGGUCCUGGUGGAGUACGAGAACCGGGAAGUUGUGGAACCGGCCCAGCCAACGCCACGCUUCCAUGAUUCGCCAAUGACGCCCAAUCAGGAGGUCCCGGAUCUGGACAACGCAGAGCUCAUGGACUUAAGUUGCUUCCAGAAUCAAGAAGUUUUGAGCCACGACAACCAGAUCUUUCAUAAUCGGGAAGUUCCUGAUAAGGAUCUGGACGGAAACCAAGAGAUUAUAUGCAAAGAAGCCAACAACAAUAGGUCCAGUAACAGCUCGGAUAGUGACUGGGAGCUGAUGGGAGGCCAGGGACAAGCUGGAGGAGCUAUGAUCGGGCCUGGUCUGCUGAUGGAAGGGGAUCUGGGGGAGGUGUUCAGACAGGGCGGGUACGUGGGCUGUCCCGAUGUGGCUGACGAUCUGGAACCUCUGCGAAGAAGAGCUGCUUCUGUCAGAGAACCAGAGAGACCAGUUCGUCCCCCACGGCCAUCGCUCAGGGCCAAAGAGAAGGCUCCAGGGAUCGACCUGAAGUGA